AUGCUCCGCUGGAGCGCCCUCUUCGGCGGCAUCCUCUAUGGCUUCUCCCACCAAUCCGCCAUCACCGCGCGCGAGAAAGCGGCCGCCGCACAGCACGAGUACGAGCGGAAACAGAAGCUCAUAGAGGAGGCGAAGACGGAGUACGCGAAGAAGAAGAACCCGCAGCAGUUCAGUCAGAAGUCGGGUGGAGGUGCGUUUUUACCCCAUCCAUUUAUUGCGGUGGAAGGGAGGAAAGGACGGGACUUGCCUGGUCAUAUUGCAACGACCGGGGUGGGGAAGGCUGAGGGAUCCUCAAGGCGGUACGGUAUACGGAGUGAUGCGAGGGCUGACUGGUUUGUGUGA